AUGGGACACCAGCAGCUCUACUGGAGCCCUCCCAGGAAAUCCCGCCUGGGUUCCGGUUCUUGCCGCAUCUGCUCAAACCCUCGUUGUCUGAUCCGGAAAUACUGCCUCCACACAUUCCACCAGUGUUUCCAUCAGUGUGCAAAGGAUGGAGGCUCAGUGGGUUGGAUUAAGUGA